AUGGAGGCGCUGCCCAGCCACAACAGUUCACCGUUACUCACAUUUAAAGCGGGGACAGCUCGUUCGCCGUUACGAGGAUUGAGUAAGAUUUACUUCAUUAUCGUGCAGCUAAAGAUUACUCAGAAGACAUCAGUAAAAGCUAAGGAAAAUGAAAAAGAAAGAUCAUUUUUGGUCGAAUACUUGAUGAACUCAUGCGGGUUAUCUUUAGAAUCUGCCAUUUCUGCUGCUAAAACAUAUAAAUUGAAGAACACAGAAACAGCGGCCUCAGUCCUUAGGCUUCUCAGAGGCCAUGGGUUCACCAAUAACCAGGUCUCUAAAAUAAUAAGAAUGUUCCCACGAGUUAUUUCAUAUAAUCCUGAGGCGGCAAUUUUACCCAAUAUUCAAUUUUUCCGUUCUAUAGGGCUUUCAAGGAAGGACCUUCCCCAUUUGAUAUUGAAAUGUCCUAUUUUAUUAGUUAAGAGUUUAGGUAAUCGUAUUGUUCCCAAUUACAAUUGCCUCAAGAAUGUGGGCGGUCUAGAUGAAAAGGUUGUCAGGGCUCUAAAGGGCAAUUACCAGCUUCUUCAACUGAUGUAG